GGUCAGCUCACAAACACACAUUUGAAGAAAAUUUGGCAUAUUAAGGGAGCCUGUGAUUUAUAUGUUGGUAAUCCGUAGUGAGUAAAGGUUGAAGUGUGGUAAUGUGUGAUGGUGAAAAUGCUUAGGAGUAAUUUACUAUGAAUAAUUGAUAAAAGUGUAUAGUGUGAUAUAGAAAGAUCAAAUGACAACUAGAAAUUGCUGUGCUUAUUAGGAAUGGAUGAAAUUUUAUUUCAUAUAUCCCAAAUCUUAGAAGGAUUACAGGUUCACCUGCAUUCAGGGGCUCAGCAUGGCCGCCAUUUGCUUCACAACUAUUCUGAGCAAAUGAAUACAUAUGCAGUAGAUGUAUGGUCUGGACUUAGGUGUGUACAGAUUUGGGAGAAUAUUCAACAUGCCUGGCAGUGGCUGCUGGAAUUCAGUCGAGAGAUGAAGAGGCUUUCACUUCAUAUAUUGAAUCCACAGCAGAUGUACAACCAACUUCUGCAAUUUCUGGGGGCUGAAAUUUCUUGGACAAAUAUGUAUUUUGGGUGUGUUGGAUUUGUUUUGGGAGGAGUUUUGGGGGUUGCUGUUGGCUUUUCAUGGCAAAGAAACCAGCCAAAUGUCCAGCGGAUGAAAGCAGUAGUCUGUAACAGUUACAAAGGAUUUGAUGCUUUGAUGAUGAUUGAAGAUGCCCCUGUUCCUGUCAUCACAAUGCCUGAUGAAGUUCUUGUGCAGGUGAAAGCUGCAUCAGUUGAUUUGGUAGACAUAAAAAUAUGCUCUGGGUAUGGUAGAGUACUUAGAAAACAGCUGAAUCAGUACAAUCAUGUAAGUAAGAAUGUAACAGGUGAAUUCCCAGUUGUACUUGGGAGAGACUGUGCUGGGGUAAUUAUUGAAAUUGGUCAAAAAGUGAAGAAUUUUGAAACAGGAGAUGAAGUUUGGUUUGUUGUUCCAUAUUGGAUGCAAGGAACAAUGGCUGAGUAUGUGGUUAUCAAUGAAAGUCAUAUAGCAAGGAAACCAAAGGGAAUAGGUUUUGAAAUUGCUGCUAGCAUUCCCUAUGCUGGAACUGUUGCAUGGGAUGCUUUGGUUAACCAAGCACAUAUUCAUUCAGUCACAGCUGAUGGUAAAAGGAUCUUGGUUCACAUGGGUUGCAGUCCGAUUGGUUGUAUACUGAUCCAGUUGGCUCGGUUAUGGGGAGCUCAUGUAACUGCUACAACAAGUUUACGAGCAACUCCUGUUGUUCAGGCACUAGGUGCUCAUGUUGUGGUUGUGUGUGGGAAAGCAGAUGUUCAGAAACAACUGGCAGUACAAGAGGGAUUUGAUAUUAUUUUCAACACAGAAGGAUCUGUUGCAUAUGAACCUUGCCUCAAAUUCUGUAAACCUGGAGGUUCUGUCAUAACAACAGAAACAUCAGAAAUUGCAUCUGACACAUAUGGGUUCUUCUUUGGAUCAAUUUAUGCAUUUUGGAUUCGAAUCAGAUGUUUGAUACAGGGACCCACUUUUUGGAGGACAUAUAAUAUGGGUCCAGCUGUACUGGAUCAACUGGCUCGUCUCUUGGAGGAUGGAAGCUUGCAGCCUGUUGUAGACAAAAUUUUUGCACCACAGGAUGCUGAACUUGCUUUCCAGCAUGCAGAAUCAUUUGAAGCCAUUGGGAAAACUAUUAUCAGAUUCAGAUUCGAGAAUGGCUGUAGAUGUGGAGCAUAUGACACUUAGUAAACAAGGAAGAAUUGGUUGUUGAACAAUUGAGUCAAAGAACUGUAAUUCUACUAAUCUCCAUGUAACAAAGAAAGGUGUAGGUUCCUGUAAGACACUGGAGGUCAACAUAGGCCCAAACCUAGGCUAUUAAGGCAUGAACCAGGUUACACACAUAUUAUUUGGUCUGGGGUAGGUUAAGGUGACAUCAGUUAAUAGUGUUCUCAACAUUUGACUUGUUUGGGCAUACAUUUUGUUAUGACUGAAAACUGAAGUACUUUUAUGGAAGAUUUCCCACAGCAUGUAAGUACUGAAAGGAUUACAGAUGUUUAUGAAUUAUAAUGUAUGUUGGCAGAAACAUUCAGGCAAAUUAUAAUCUUCUGGGGUAUUUAAAUACUGGAGGAUGAGAGAGAGUCAUGUCAUUUAGGGAUAUCUCGACACCUUAAGAAAAAACUUUAGGCUUCAGGAAUAUUUUUUGAAAAUUCAAAAUAGAAAUUUUCAUAUAUUAUUGAUGGAGGUAUGUUUUAUUUGUACUACAAUAAUAAAGCAGGUAAGUUUAAGGUAAACAGUGCAAUUAACAAAACAAAAAAUGGAGGCAAAAUGUCGACUUCUCCCUGUGUUUGGGGAGAUUUCGACAUGUGUAUGGGAAAUAUUUGGAGACUGUAAAUACUGAACAGAAACAACUUGAAUUCAUAAAAUAAUGCCAAUAAACAGUAAAUAUGCAAAAUUAAAAACAUGCGUUACAUGUGAACUGGUUAUCUGCUCCAUUUUCCAUGCAAGUUUCAUGAAACCAUAUUCCACAGUCGCCGAGACAUUUAACCCAUUGUUCACCAGCUUUGUCAUUGUAAUAGUAAGCACUGCACACAACACAGUAAUUUUCAUCACGGUUGAUGUUACUUGAGGAGCUGGGAACAUCCGUCCCGAGCUGUCGCUCUGAAUGGCGGCUAAUAAUUGUCUUCAUUUCAAUACGCCUAUUUUGCUUUUCACUUUUCUGUCUGCUCUCUCUCAGUUUUUCCCUGAAGGCUGCUGAUGUUACAAAGGCCGAUUCCUGUUUAUUCCUUCCUUUGCGAAUAGAGCAGUUACUUCGGGAUUUUACCCCUGGAACUGGUGACAAUUCUUGAAAGGAUGUAGAAGUUGAUGAGAGUGUAGGGUAGUCAAUAAUGUCUUGUGCAAGACGAACAGGAUCUCCACCAUUCAGCGCUGGCACAAGCUCUUACUCAAAGACAUCAUCUGCCAGUACACCAGGGUUGUAUGGGUAGAUUCCACAUUUUCGAAACCCACUAGUCAAGUUACCAACUGUUGCUGACUUAUCCCAUGCCAGCUUCAACAGGUCACAAAGUCCUCCUUGGUAAUUCCCUUCCCUGGAUGCUGGCGAACGAAGCUUCUGCAGGCCUCAUUGUAAAAGUGCUUAAGACUCUUGAAAAAAAACCCAUCAAGAGGCUGACACUUAUGGGUGCUAUGCGGGGGGUAGGCACAGCAUUCCUAAUUCUGAUGCUAUCUCAAGCACAUCUGGAUCUUUGCAAUGGGAUGCAUGUCCGUCUAAUAUUAGCAGAACUUUUCCUUGCGGUUUGCACCUGCUAAUAUGAUCAAGAAACACUUGAGAUUGCCUCAGACGCCAUGUACCGGGAGUCGGACAUGUGCACAAUGGAUCCAUUAGGCAUUCCUCGACAUGUCAAGAUCUCCCCAGUACACUGUGUCGAAACCUCCCCGAGUUACACGAUUAUAAUACAGAUGUAACCACUGGUCACAGUUGAAGUUUUUAUCAGUUCACAUAGCAUGGCUGUCCUUUAGAAAGUGCGAGUUGUCACCACAAUAACUAUUAAUCCAUAAAUGUCAUGUGCAUCCACUGGAAUUAUUAUUAUCUGGAAUGUAAUUAUUAUAGCGUGUGCUAUUUAGGGUAUGUAAAACUCACCUAGUCAUCUUUGAGGGUUCCGUACGAGGUUGAGAAUUACAAAAACAGACUCCUUUGAAGUUGCACGUUGAUCACAGUAUGGUAGGCUAUCUUCUGUACAGUUACAGUCUUUGCCCCCACAGUGCAGCUGUCGCUAGAGCGAAAUUUGUUAAAAGUGUCGAGAUCUCCCUAAAUGACCCUAAGCUGUUUUCAUAACCACAUCCUUCAUCAAGCAGAAUAAUAACUGGCAAAAUUUUCAGGUUCUCAUGUAAUGGGCAUGAAAUUGGCUGUCUUUUUGGAUGUUGCACUGUGUAGUCCGGUAGAUAAUGGUGAACAUUUACAGAGUAGCUUACUGCCUCCAUCAUGGUGAAACAUUCCAGAAGACAUCUUCAGAAUAAUAAUUUUGCUAAGAGUAAAUUUGUCAAAGAUGGUUGUCGUCUGGGUUGUGGUGUCUCAUCUGGUAGAAGUUUAUCAGCAUUCAUCACCGUGAUGGUGGAGGCAACAAGGACCUCUGAAAUAUUGAUAAACACAUCCUAGAAGACAGCCACCUUUGUACUUAUCACCAUGAGAACCUCAAAUCCUACUUAGUUAAUAGCUAAUUAAAUCAACAUUCUGUUUUCAGUCAGUCUGUUCUGAUGUUUUUUCUUUUGUAUAGAAUGCAGCAGUGGGAAAGAGAAACUACAGAGUAAUGGAGGAGGCUGUGUGUAAAAAAAGGCUUUCAUACAAUUUACUGUUAAUUUAUUUUCUUCUGUAACAAUAUCAUACAGAUUCAAGCAAAUUUUCCAUAACAGAAAUAAAUAUGAGGCAAUAUUUGAAUUUAAAACUGGUAAAUGUCCAGCAUUCUCAUUGCAGUUGUAGUUUUCCUUUACCUCUUCAAUCUUCUUCUCCAGAACCUGCUUCACCAUUUUCACCAUCUUCACCCUCUUCUCCUGCACUGAACACUUGCCCCUCAAUUUCUUCCUCGUCAUCAUCACCUGCCACUUCUGCAUUCUCUUGUUCAGCUUUCUCCAUCUGUCUUGCAAGUUCAGCUUCAUCAGUUGCUGUCACAACUUUAGGCUGCAUGAAAAGCAUAAACACAUUAAAACAUGAUUUGAAGAGUUCACUGUGAAUAGAUUCACUAGUCUUCUUGACAAACAUUCACAUCAGUGUUGAGUAAUAAAACCAUUGUUUUGGAGACUGGAUUUGUUUCCAUCAUGAAGGUCAAUGUGAGGAGUGAUCACACAUCUCUGAUAUAUAACAUCAAUCACUGCAAUGCCUCUUCCUCAUGUAUAUGUCCUUGACCUUAAGCAACACUGAACUGGGUCUAUAAAGGGAGUGUAGAUUGUUCAACUUUACUCUGCUCCCACAUUACCCACUGGGAAAGAGGCAUUACACUGAGUGACCAUAAAUGUAAAAAUUAAAUUAAACAAAAUGGUUACUACCCUCAGAAAAACUGUGAUUAGUCCACAAGAAUAUGACUGCAAAGCAUGAUAUUUUAGGCAUACAAGCAAAAUUAAAUGUAAUUUGUAUAUUUAAUACUGGUAUAAUUCUUUCAUCUCAACUCUUCCAAGUAGCCACAUUCUAAAAAAUAUACCCACAGCUUACAUCAUAUGAAGAUAAAACAAGCUAAAACUGUAUUUAAGAGACUUGUCCCUAAAGGGUGGCCUACAUAUGUCAAAGCAAGGCAUCAGCUCCUUACCAUCUACCUAUUAUGAUAAUACACUGCAGUGAUGGAUGUUGUAAACACCAACAUAAUCAAAAUACAGAGAUGAUGAGCUGAGAAUGUGUAAAUUUACCUACCAGUAAGGAUGAAAUAAACCCCACUGUAUAGAUAAAGGAUUGACAAAUGACAGUAUGAUUAUGAAUGUUCAGCUGGGAGGGAUAUAUAGAAAGCAAUUAUGGACUAUUUUAAGUUACUAAAAGCAGACAAUAAACAAAAAUACAAUAA